GAAUUGAUCGUUUUAGUAGUUAAAGGUAAGGACUAAUGGUAUCAUCAAUUUUGAAUGAGCAUGAUACAAUUAACCGUGGAUUUCCACUACCGAAAAACUGAAGUAAAAAAUAUGCACAUCCCUUUUAUUCCCUAUGAAAAAAAGAGAGAGCAAUAUUUAUUGCUAGCGUCAACAAUAAAAGUCUACAGUUAUGUUAAUUACCUGCAACCAGAACUACUUAAUACGUCAAUUAACAACAUAAUAUGUUUGUGAUUUCGAUUGGAUCCUCAGUCGCAUUUUUCUCAUAUUUGAAGACUGUCGUAUCGUAAAGUGAUAUGUGAGUUGGAGUUUGGUGAACCACGAACAAUUUUAACAAUGAAAAAGCUAACAAGUUUAACAAUAAUAAUCAAUUUAAUUUGUGGUGCUGCUUCACAAGAGUAUUGUUCACUAUGUGUUCGCACAGACAACUGUCCAUAUUUCAACAAGAUGCAAAGAAACGACCAACGAAAAUGGCUGAAUAAAUUCUCUUGCGGCCAAUACUUUGACAGCGAUUUUUAUAAAUCCAACACUGACUUCAGAGGAUAUUACAUAUGUUGCUCUGGCGAACAUGCUUGGAGCAUCCUCAACGAACCAAAAUACCAUGAUUAUAAAAACAUGCCUGAAUAUUUGUCAUACACGAGAAGAAUAUCCUCUGUAAACGAAAAUGAUAAUAGAAAUAAUUUAGCAAAGUUGAUACAAUCACCAAUAUUACCAAACCAACGAAGACCAGCCAUUUCAAACCAAUAUCCUUGUGCAAAUUCUGCAUGUAUAAAUCAACCAGGCACAAAUAAUAGAGGAAUUACUCCGCCAAAUUUUGCCCAAGCUCCAAGACCAGGUAGACCAGAUGUGAGUUUGGGUAGUAUCACAAGAACCAUACCACAACAAUGUCAAGCUUCUAAUUUCCCACCAAAUCCUAAUACAGGUUGUUGUGGAGUAGACACAUUCGGAAUAAAUGGAGUAACUGAUGCACAAACAGUGGUUGCUGGGAUGGCUUAUUUGCCAUUGAGUAACACAAGAAUGAAACGACAAUCUGAUAAUGAUAAAGUAGAGAUAGAAUUGGAUAAUCGUAUUGCAGGUGGUACCGAAACUGAGCUCAACCAGUUUCCUUGGACAAUACUACUAAGAGCAUCCUUUGAUUUCGGCAACAAUGUAACUAAUUUCGAUUGCGGUGGAAGUAUUAUAAGUUCGUGGUAUAUACUGACUGCAGCGCAUUGCGUCGUCACAGAUGGCGCCACACUUACUAAUGUCGACAUAUACAUGGCCGAAUACGACAAGCGCACAUUCCCGACGGACUGCAGAUUGAGUCCCAACGGUCAGAGGUCGUGCAUCAAUAACGUGGUGGUUAAGGCAGAUAGUGUGACUCCGCACGCCGCAUUUAAUAGUAAAACCCUCAAUAACGACAUUGCUCUCAUACGUCUUCGUGAACCGGCUCCUUACACUGAAUUUAUAAGACCAAUAUGCUUACCGCCAUUAAACAUAAACAGCGACGCAUUCUUCGGCUUGCCCUUGUCUGUCGCUGGCUGGGGUCGUAACGGGCAGUUCGCAUCAAACGUCAAACAAUCAACAGUCCUGAACCUGGUACCUCGAAAUCAAUGCCUUAAAUACUACCCAUAUCUACAAGCUUCUCAUAUGUGUGCGAUGGGUAAGACAGGAGAAGAUACUUGCAAAGGAGAUUCAGGAGGUCCAUUAAUGAUGUUAUACGGUGGAAAGUAUUACGUAGUUGGCGUCGUUAGUGGGAAAAGAUCAGAUGUACCUUGUGGGACCGCUGUACCAUCACUGUAUACAAAUGUUUUUGUAUAUUCACAAUGGAUACUUAGUAAUAUGCAAUAAGUAAUUAAGAAAUGAUAACGAAACUUAUCCUGUUUUAAAAACAUACUAUUAAUUUCUAAUGUUGCUUUAAUAAUUAAAAUGUUCACGUUUGAAAUAGAUUUUAAUUC